AGUAGAUGGUGUUCUGUUCAUUAUAAGAAGUAGCGAUGUGGCGACAGUGUCGAUGCCAAUAAUAAGGUAACAUUUUUGUUUGUCACCAGCAGGCGGCAGCAGUGUGACUGCUGUCGAUGCUUUAUUAGCUUAGGAAGUGGCCAUAAGUAUACCUACGUAAAGCUGAAUUUAACCUACGGACAGCCAUGUUUCUGACCAAGGCGGUUUAGGGGAAAGGUGCGUGGGUCAGCUGACUGCGAUGUGAUGCUAGCAGGUUAGCCAUUGAACACGAAGCGGCUACGGACAUUAUAGUCUUUCACCUCCAACACCGCCGAAUGUAUGUUACUAUUAAGGUAGCUUAUGCGCUAGCUAUAGUGUUGUUAGGACGUCAAGACAGCUGUGGCAAUGCUAGUUAGCCGGAGGAGUUGGGACUACUUAACUAACCAUAGGUAGUAAUUCUAAUGAGCAGGGAAACGGCAUUCCAAUCAUACUAAACGUCAAUACACGUCACUUCUAGCCCAUGUUCAUCUUAAUGGUUGUUAAUGGCGAGGAUCGAGCAAAGCAAUGGACUGGCCGGCAGAAGUUUCCCACCGGGCAGCGAGAAGGACCGGACAGCAGAGUCUGGACCAGCAGAGUCUGGACCUGACUCUGCUGACCCCCAGGAGCUACAGACCGACAAGUAUGGCUUCAUGGGGGGUGCACAGCAAUAUUCUGGACAAUCGACGGAGAAUGUUCCUGCCGAGGUUCUGAGGCAGCGAGAAGCCAAGUGGCUGGACAUGCUCAACCACUGGGACAAAUGGAUGGCCAAGAAACACAAGAAGGUGAAGUUGCGGUGCCAGAAGGGAGUCCCGCCCUCCCUGAGAGGCCGGGCGUGGCUCUACCUGUGUGGAGGGAAGGUGAAGAGAGAGCAGAACAGGGGAAAGUUCCAGGACCUGGACAGCCAACCGGGCGACCCCAAAUGGGUGGAUGUGAUCGAGAGGGACCUGCAUCGACAGUUCCCCUUCCAUGAGAUGUUUGUGGCCAGAGGAGGUCACGGGCAGCAGGACCUGUUCCGGGUACUGAAGGCCUACACCCUGCACCGGCCGGAGGAAGGGUACUGCCAGGCGCAGGCCCCGAUCGCCGCCGUCCUCCUCAUGCACAUGCCCGCUGAGGAUGCCUUCUGGGGCCUGGUGCAGAUCUGUGAAAAGUACCUGCCAGGGUACUACAGCAAAGGACUGGAGGCCAUCCAGCUGGACGGGGAGAUCCUGUUCUCCCUGCUGAAGAAGGUGUCCCCCGUGGCGCACCGCCACCUGAAGAAGCACAAGAUGGAGCCCAUCCUCUACAUGACGGAGUGGUUCAUGUGCGCCUUCUCCCGGACGCUGCCCUGGGCCUCGGUGCUGCGCGUCUGGGACAUGUUCCUGUGUGAGGGGGUGAAGAUCAUCUUCCGCGUGGGCCUGGUCCUGCUCAAGUGCAUGCUGGGGUCCCCGGAGAAGCUGAAGAAGAGCCAGGGUCUGUACGAGACCAUGGAGCUGCUGAAGGCCCUGCCGCCGGCCUACGUGGAGGAGGGCUUCCUGGUCCGGGAGGUGGUGGAGUCCCCCGUGUCGGAGCGGGACAUCGAGCGGGAGCACGUGGCCCAGCGGCGGCGCUGGGAGGAGAGCCGGGGGGAGCUGCGCUGCCGCUCCCCGGGCAGGAUGCACGGCGCCCGGGCCAUCAUCACCGCCGAGCCCCCCCGGCGCCAGGACCUCCAGCAGAACCCCGCCAUCCUGGUGGAGACCCCCCCGGCCGCCGCCGCCGCCCCGUCCAACGGGGGCCCGGGGGAGGAGCCGGCCGGAGGGAAGGGGAAGAAGAAGAAGAAGAAGAGGAAGAACAAGGAGGAGGAGAAGGCAGCGCCGUCCGUCCCUCCGUCCGCCCCCAGCGACCCCCCUCGCGCCCUGAAGGACGGCUCCCGGCAGGCCUCCGAGGAGAGCCUGAGCAGCCAAGAGCACGACUCCUACCUGUAGGCUCCACCGACGGGAAGGAUGCGAACUGAGGCUUCCACCAAUGGGAGCGAUGCUACCUCGUAGCGUCUUGCUGUCUGAUGAGGCUUCCACCAAUGAGAGGGAUGAUUGCUCAUUGCCUCUUGCUCUCCGAUGAGGCUUCCGCCAAUGGGAGCGACGCUAUCAUGUAGAGUCUUGCUGUAUGAUGGGGCUUCCACCAAUGGGAGCGAUGCUAUCAUGUAGUGUCUUGCUGUAUGAUGGGGCUUCCACCAAUGGGAGCGAUGCUUUCAUCUAGUGUCUUGCUAUAUGAUGGGGCUUCCACCAAUGGGAGCGAUGCUAUCAUGUAGCAUCUUGUUUUUAGAUGCUCAGUUUUACCACCAAAGCUUUGGCUGCUUCAUUUUUGUUCUGUUAUUCAUAUAGAUUUAGAUUUUGGGUUAAAAGUGUACAUGAUGGUUAUUUUGUUGAUGAAAUCUUAGAUACACACUAUUGAAGAACACUAACUAAAUACCAUAGCUGUGGGAGGAAGGAAAUACUUGAUCAAACUUUGAAGGAAAGUCAAAAUUAUUCAGACAAAAUGAGAAUAUUAUUGUUUUAACCUGCUGUACAACCAUGUCAAGUGCCAUCCACAGAAUAUUGCCACAUUCUUCCAAAUAUUUGGAGAUAUCUUGAAUUGUAAUAAGACUGAAAGGCCCAUGAAGGAUGUUAACCUGACUAACAUUUAGUGUCAUUUUAGUAAAGUCUUCAAAUAAUCACUUUAUACAAUCAUGUUUAUAUUAUAGUAAUACAAAAUGAUUUAUCAUUGUGUUUAUAAUAAUAAUAAUGAUGUAUUUGUUUGAAUCAUCACUUUAUAAUGAUUAGAUUAUAAUAUAGUAAUAAAUAAUGAUUUUAUUAUGUAUUAUAAUUAUAAUGUAUAUUUGCACUAAAUAAUGUUGCUGUGCAACAAAUUGUCCUGAAAUUGGCUUUUAAACAAUAUAUACGUGCGUAGAUUUCAAAAAUGUUGGGAGCACAAUUAUUCAAACUUUUAAUGUGAUGGAUCAUUUUUAAUGUUUUAUUAUUUAAACACACUGUGAAGAUCACAGACCACCUGUACACAUUUUUUAUCUAUUGAGAAGGAUUUAGUUAUUAUUUCUCUGCCAAUCAUUUAUAUGGACGGAAAGAGGUUGAUUUUUUUUUCACAUGUAUUAUGCCAUAUGUUGGAUUGUGCAUCUUAUAGAAUUUGCUGAAUUCAGGGAAACUUUUGUUGGAUAAAAUGGCUAAUGGGAAUUACCGAUCAUGAGCGCCAGUUCUUUUGGUUUGUUGCGUUACACUGUUUAUUAUUUCCUCAUAGAAGUAGCAGAAGCAGCCCACCAGGUCGACCCAUAGAGGGCUCCCUUGUGCUUCUUAAGAUAUUUAAAAACGUAAACCGCUUGUUCUAUUUGAUUCGAAACCAAUGACUCUUUAUACACAACACAGCUCCACAGCUGUUCUGAUGGAGGACUAUAACUGAAAACCUUUUGGUCAUUUAGAAAGAAAAACUGAGCCAUCACUUUGAGAUUAUUUAUAUCUGCACAUUUUUUGUAUGUGUAAUUAUCUCCUACAUUGAACAUCCAAAUAGCCAAUGCCUAUAUGCUAUUGAAACUAAAGACUUUCUUUUGUACCAAAAUCUCCAAUUUUUCAAGAAAUAAAUUUGUCCAAAUCCAGAAAAAGCAA